AUGUGGGCUCUGCCGGAGAAGGAACCCGAAAGACCUGAACUGGCCCCCGGCCUGCAGGGGGAGUGCAGGAAGCUUCCAGAGUGGGGACUGCGCUUCGCGCCUUCAGAUGGCAGUGUAGACAUGAGCCUGCCCGAAUUGCUCCAAGCCCCCUGGGACGUGGUGUGCACCCACGCCUGCCCGCUGGCCCUGCUGCCAGCCCUCUGGCAGCUGUCCCGGACGGAUGUAGCUGGCCCUUGCAAACCCCCACAGACGCUUGCAGCCCUGGCCCCGGCUUGCCUCCUCCCUGUGCCCUUCUUCACCAUGCGCUUCUGUCUGUCCGGCUUUCCCUGUGUGAGUGCUGCCCCUCUGAUGCCCCAUAGCCGAUUGGGGCAGGCCGAGGUCGUCGCAUUUGAUGCCAAAUGUGCGGCCCACAGCUCUCAUGCCCCCUGCCCUGGGCAGAGCCCAGCAUACAGCCCUUUCAUGCCCGGCACCUGUGGCCAGGUGACCAGGGAGCUCUGCUGGGCCCCAUCUUCCAAGGCCUUUAUCGGCCUCCCUGUGGCCUCGAUGGAUGCCGUCUGCUCCCACGGCCUGCUCAGCACCGAGCCCCACUCCCUGGCCUUGCUGGAGGUCUGGGUGUCUGACAGGGUGACCUGGUUGGUGCACAUCCAGGGCCCAUCCCGCAGCCCCCACCCCAUGGCUGCGGGCGGUGGGCUGGGCCCCGUAUGGGCCUGCUUUUGCUGUCCUGAAAGGACCCGCCUGGAGAGUGAGCGGCUGCGGGCCGCUCGAGACUGGCGUGACGGAGCGAGGCGGGCGCGUCACGGAGCGGCGGCCACACCAGCCCGCCUGCUGCUGAUGCUGAAGAGGGCCUUCUGCAGCGCCUCUGUUCCUGCCCCGGGCCGCGCACCCCUGCCCCGGGCCGCGCCUGGGGCUGCUGCCCUGCAGACCCGAGGAGAGCUGGACCUGGAGAAGGGCUUGGAGAUGAGAAAAUGGGUCUUGUCUGGAAUCCUGGCCAGUGAGGAGACCUACCUGAGCCACCUGGAGGCGCUGCUGCUGGCCAGCCAGCUGGGUGUGUACCGGGCCUUCGUGGACAACUACGGCAUUGCCAUGGAAACGGUGGAGAAGUGCUGUCAGAGCAACGCACAGUUUGCAGAGAUCUCCGAGGAUCUCUUGAAGCACACGCCACCCAGCCACCCCGACCACUCGCUGCUGCAGGACGCCCUCCGGAUCUCGCAGAACUUCCUGUCCAGCAUCAACGAGGAGAUCACGCCCCGCAGGCAGUCCAUGACCGUCAAGAAGGGCGAGCACCGGCAGCUGCUGAAAGACAGCUUCAUGGUGGAGUUGGUGGAGGGAGCCCGCAAGCUGCGCCACGUCUUCAUGUUCACGGACCUGCUGCUGUGCGCCAAGUUGAAGAAGCAGAGUGCAGGCAAAGCCCAGCACUACGACUGUAAGUGGUACAUUCCGCUCACGGACCUGAGCUUCCAGACGGUGGACGAGUCGGAAGCGGCCCCCAGCAUCCCGCUGGUGCCCGAUGAGGAGCUGGACGCCUUGAAGAUCAAGAUCUCCCAGAUCAAGAGUGACAUCCAGAGAGAGAAGAGAGCAAACAAGGGCAGCAAGGCCGUGGAGAGGCUGAAGAAGAAGCUGUCAGAGCAGGAGUCCCUGCUGCUGCUCAUGUCUCCCAACAUGGCCUUCAGGGUGCACAGCCGCAACGGCAAGAGCUACACGUUCCUCAUCGCGUCCGACUACGAGCGCGCCGAGUGGCGGGAGCACAUCCGCGAGCGGCAGAAGAAAUGCUUCAAAAGCUUCUCCCUGACCUCAGUGGAGCUGCAGAUGCUGACCAACUCGUGCGUCAAACUCCAGACUGUCCACAACAUUCCGCUGACCAUUAACAAGGAAGAUGACGAGUCUCCUGGGCUCUAUGGCUUCCUGAACGUCAUCGUCCACUCGGCCACUGGAUUUAAGCAGAGUUCCAAUCUGUACUGCACUCUGGAGGUGGACUCGUUUGGGUACUUUGUGAACAAAGCAAAGACCCGUGUCUACAGGGACACGGCUGAGCCAAACUGGAACGAGGAGUUUGAGAUCGAGCUGGAGGGUUCCCAGACCCUGAGGAUCCUUUGCUACGAGAAAUGUUACAACAAAGCGAAGACCCCCAAAGACAACAGUGAGAACGCUGACCGGAUGGUGGGCAAGGGCCAGGUCCAGCUUGACCAGGUGUUGCAGGACAAGGACUGGCAGCGGACCGUGAUCGCCAUGAACGGGAUUGAAGUGAAGCUGUCCGUCAAGUUCACCAGCAGGGAGUUCAGCUUGAAGAGAAUGCCCUCCCGAAAGCAGACGGGGGUCUUCGGGGUCAAGAUUGCCGUGGUCACCAAGAGGGAGAGAUCCAAGGUGCCCUACAUCGUUCGGCAGUGCGUGGAGGAGAUUGAGCGCCGAGGCAUGGAGGAGGUGGGCAUCUACCGAGUGUCGGGAGUAGCCACGGACAUCCAGGCGCUGAAGGCAGCCUUUGACAUCAAUAACAAGGACGUGUCGGUGAUGAUGAGUGAAAUGGACGUCAACGCCAUCGCCGGCACACUCAAGCUCUACUUCCGGGAGCUCCCGGAACCCCUGUUCACCGACGAGUUCUACCCCAACUUUGCCGAGGGCAUCGCUCUUUCAGACCCCGUUGCGAAGGAGAGCUGUAUGUUAAACCUGCUGCUGUCACUCCCGGAGGCCAAUCUGCUCACCUUCCUCUUCCUCUUGGACCACCUGAAAAGGGUGGCAGAAAAAGAAGCCGUAAACAAGAUGUCCCUGCACAACCUAGCCACAGUCUUCGGCCCCACGUUGCUCAGGCCCUCGGAGAAGGAGAGCAAACUCCCUGCCACGCCCGGCCAGCCCAUCACCAUGACCGACAGCUGGUCCCUGGAGGUCAUGUCACAGGUCCAGGUGUUGCUAUACUUCCUGCAGCUGGAGGCCAUCCCUGCCCCAGACAGCAAGCGACAGAGCGUCCUCUUCUCCACCGAAGUCUAA